CACACACACACACACACACACACACACACAGCGAUUAUAUAUAGUAGGAUCAUUCCACAGGUUGGUAACGACUCGUUUGGUGAGUCAAACAUCGAAAAUUUGCGAAAAGCCGGAGUAGAUGUAAGUCAAGUGGAGAAAUCCGAAAGCAGUCACACAGCUACAGCAACCAUUACUGUCAAUGCCCACGGCGAAAACACGAUUGUGGUGACGCUGGGUGCAAAUAUGGAGUUGGACGAUGUCUGUGCUGAGCGGCAUGAAAAAGCCAUCAGUGAAGCCGCUCUUGUGAUGACUCAAGCAGAAGUAUCGCGGGAAGGAAACAAGCGAGCAUUCGAGUUGGCAAAGAAACAUGGAGUGAGAACGUUCUUCAAUCCGGCACCUGGGGAACGAGACACAGACAUGUCGAUGGUGGCGCUUACUGAUAUCAUCUGCACAAACGAAAACGAGGUGACCAUUUGUAGCUUAUUGUGGCCCAUCCAACAUUUUUUGGGAGUAGUUCUCGUUUCUCAGGCCGAAUUCAUCACUAACAUCCCUCAAAAUUCUAUGGAGGAUGCCGAAAAAGCUGCAGCGCAGAUGACUACUAUGGGACCAGAAUACGCUAUUGUCACGCUUGGUGCAAAAGGUGUCCUGUUGGCAUCGAAAGGAAAGGAGAAAAUUGAGCACAUCCCAGUGAAGAAAGUGAAAGCUGUCGAUACUACGGGUGCCGGCGAUUGCUUCUGCGGAUCAUUGGCUUACUUUCUGGUUUGUGAAGAGCUUUCAGUGCCAGAUGCGAUUCGAAAAGCAGCCGAGAUAGCGGCGUUAUCUGUCCAACGAAAAGGAACGCAGUCAUCUUAUUGGUCCCGUGAGGAAAUUGAACGCGAACAUCCACACUUAUUGAAAUAA